AGGGCGGCGCAGCUCCGCUCCGCUUUCCUUAACCCGGCACAUCUCAUUCGCUCCAUUAACGACCCCGAGCACCCCCUCACUCUGGAGGAGCUGAACGUCGUCGAGCAAGUGCGAGUGAAAGUGAAUGAUGCAGAAAGCACGGUGGCAGUGGAGUUCACCCCCACCAUUCCUCACUGCAGCAUGGCGACGUUAAUCGGCCUCUCCAUAAAAGUAAAAUUGAUCAGAUCUCUGCCCGAGAGAUUUAAGCUGGAUGUUCAUAUAACACCAGGAACACAUGCGUCUGAGCAUGCAGUUAAUAAACAGCUUGCUGAUAAAGAACGUGUCGCAGCUGCUUUGGAAAACUCUCACUUACUGGAAGUGGUGAAUCAGUGUUUGUCUGCUCGAUCAUAA